CGGAGUGGUAAACAGAACAUUGAAAUCAGUGCCUCAAUAAGACAAUUAGCUAGAUAUUUCAUUUGAUUACCAGCUGUAAUUCACAAGACAAAUAUAGAUGUCUUGGACAUCGGACUAACCUAGAAAUUACUGAGGGUUGCUGAUCUGUGAGAGAUUUCGUUACAUCGUUAGACUACCUUGUUAGCCAACAGUAGCAAGCUAGCUAAAUUAUUUCUGAGGCUUAUCAAUAGCUAGCUAGCUAGUUAGCUAGCUAGCUGGCUGGCUACUGUAGCUGGACUAUCCAAGAGCUACAGAUGAAUCAGGUUGCGCCCAGUCUCACUUUUCAACGGCUUAAGCAACGUACUUUGCUAGCUCGUGUUUUCUGUUUGGAGAGUUGCUGAAAUUAACCUCGCUACCGCACACACAUUCUGAUCAUGCAUUUUGGUUGUUAGCUAUGUCUUUAGUGGUGCGUGGGCCAUCCUUUUCAGGAAAAGCAUAGCUGGAGUUAGCUAGCUGGCCGGCUAUUGUUUGAGUAGCUACCGCAAUUUACUGUAGCCAAAGCCAUAUACCGUCAAAACAGAGAAACGCUUGUUUGGUAGAGAGGGAUUUUUUAGCUGUAUUGAUAUUCGAACGAGAUGAUCCCCGACGAGACUUUGAAAGAAUCACUCUAGUUAGAUACAGAAAACAAUUGGAUAAGAAUGGACUCUUAUUUUCGCUUUACAGUUGGUUAACUACAGCUGGAGUUGGGAACAAAUACCUGCAAUUUAACGUUAUCCUUCCGUCGGUCAUUCAUGCGCAGAAAUAUAACGUGUGUAGCUACAUGGAGGGAUGGAGGUCUGGGUCUACAUCAAUCUGUCCGGUAACUUUGAAUUUGUCUGCCGCUGACUUGCUAUGAAGACGACUAGCAAGCUUGCAGUGUCGCAGAAAUAAAAGUAGUCUCGCUAAAAAGUUUGCACAUGUGACCACAACCACAAUGAAUAACUCUGGAGUCAUGCAGCAAGAGACGAUGGAGCUGGACCUCGAGAUACCAUCGUCACUGGGUCAAAGCGACGGGUGCUUGAGACGAUCCAACAGCGCACCGAUGAUAAACGGCUUAAGUGACAACACGCAGGUGUUUCAGAGGGAGGUCAUCCUCGGUCGCAGAAACAGCACGACCAUUGUGAACCGUCCCGGCCUGGUCCCUUCAUCUCCCAUCCGAGUCCCCAGCACCAGACUCCACCAGAUAAAACAGGAAGAGGGUGUUGAUGUGAUGAACAGAGAGACCGCCCAUGAACGGGAGGUACAAGCAGCAAUGCAGAUGAGUCAUUCAUGGGAGGAGAGUCUCAGUUUGAGUGAUAACGACUUCGACAAGUCUUCGUCGUCUUCCCCGAAACGGAUCGACUUCGUGCCGGUGUCCCCGGCUCCGUCCCCGACCAGAGGACUGGGGAAAAAGCAAUGCUUCUCUCCCUCCCUACAAAUUCCGGUCAGCAGCAACGGGCUAUCCCCCAGCCCCGUUCCCAGUCCUACCCGCCGUUUCAGUCGGAGGAGUCAGAGUCCCAUAAACUGCAUCAGGCCGAGCAUUCUGGGGCCCAUCAAGAGGAAAGGUGAUAUGGAGCCAGAGAGCCAACCCAAGAGACUCUUCCAGGGCACUGCCAGCAUGCUGUCCCCUGAAGUGACCCACCUGUCAGACCUCAGCCCCUGUCUGACCCCAGACCUGCUGGAUGGAAGCCUCAGCAGUGUCGGCUCUUCUUCUGGGUCCCCGGCCAAGAUGGAGGGCGUGUCUUCCUCCCCCGGGACCUCGCCCUUCACCCCUCUCCAGGACCUUUCCCCAAAGUGACACAGAGGUGCAGUAAAGGAGAGGGGGAAUGAGGCUUCUGGGAUUCUGUCUCACUGUUCCACUUUGGAACUGUGUUUGCAUUGGUUUGCAGAUUGGACAAUAGGCGAUUAAUCAGAGGA